AUGGAUCAAAAGAUCGCAGGGGUACAAACCUCACCCAUGGCCCAACGCGGUGCCGCCUGCUACGAAUCGUGGAUCAUGUAUGUCUAUGAUCUCUUUGUCUUGGGUUUUCUCAACAGGUUCGCCUGGCGUUGCCCAACAGAUAAGCACCUCUUGCCGCUUUUCAAAAACAACAUUCGCACCACUCACCUCGACAUCGGUGUCGGCACUGGUUACUAUCUCAAAAAUUCUAACAUUGCCCCGUCGGUCCAACUCACGCUUUCCGACCUGAGUCCAAAUGCCAUCCGUGUCGCCAAACUUCGGUCCGGCCGCCCUGAUGCUGGAGAGAUGCUUUGGGAUGUGACCCAGCCCUUUCCAGUACCGGAGGGGAAAUAUGAUAAGUUUGAUUCUGUCUCAAUGUUCUACGUCCUUCAUUGUGUUCCUGGGCCUGGAAAACGCAAGGUUGUUGUUUUCGAGAAUGUUAAGAAUUGUAUGACCGCCGAUGGUGUUUUGACUGGCGCCACGGUCUUGGGAAAGGGCGUUCAAGACAAUUUCGUUGGGAGACGUGUCCGGGCUCAUUGUAUUGAGGACGGAGUAUUCGACAAUGCUGAUGAUGAUGCGGAGACCUUUAUCGCCGCCCUGCGUGAGAAUUUCAACGAAGUCGAAGUGGAGGUUAUCGGGGUGUCCCUUGUUUUUCGGGCUGUUGGGCCCAAAUUCCUGUGA